CUUAAUGACAGUAUGCACAAGUUUUCAAAUAUUCACAAAUCUGGUUUAUCUCGUCAAUGUAGGCAGUGAAACCCUGUGAAAAAGCAGUGUAGCUAGUUUGAAGAACAUUGAACUUCCUGGACUGAAAAGGAUCAAGACUGUUACGUUCUGCUGUGAAUUCGAGUACAGUUUCUGUAAAGGGUGCUGUUUUUUUCCCCCCAUCAGAAGAACAUUAACCACAGGACACUUCAGAAAGGAAGAAAAUGAUGAGCAGACAGAAGCUACCCUUCUAUGAAGAAAUAUCACAUCUCUACCUCAUUCUCAUUAAUCAGAAAUGGUGGUGUUUCAAACUCAGGCCAGUGUCCAAUUUCCAGUGUGCGUUUACUGUUGUCAUGGCCACCAUCACUUUAUUCCUUUACGUUAUCUACGGGACUCCGAAAUGCGAUAUGCAAGAGUUUAAGAAAGGAAAGCAUCUAGAUCCAGAAGCAUACGAAGUGGCUUAUCCUUAUCAAUACAAUUUUCUUCUGGAUCAGCCAGAAAAGUGCCAGCACAAACCAUUCUUGGUGAUCAUCGUUCCGGUGGCCCCUAAUGACAUAAUGGAACGGCAAUCCAUAAGGACCACGUGGGGGAAUGAGAAGCUGGUCCGAGAAAACCAUGUCGUGAUUCUGUUCCUAAUGGGUCUACCGAGUGGGGAAAAUGCGGAAAUACAACAGGUCCGUAUAAACCAGGAGAACGUGAGGCACGGGGAUCUGCUUCAGAGCGACUUCAUAGACUCUGGCAAGAACAUUACUAUUAAAACCAUGGUGAUGCUGGAAUGGCUGAGAGAUCGCUGUCCGCAGGCGUAUUAUGCUGCGAAAGUGGACACUGAUAUUCUGUUUAACGUCAGAAGUGUGAUAAGUAUGCUGCUUAGCCCCCUCACCCCUCAAAAGAAUUACAUCACUGGUCAGGUGCAGAGCUCUGAUUCGACAAUACGAAACCCAUCGAGCAGGUUUUACAUCCCUGCCGAGGUGUAUCCCAAGUCAGUAAUUCCACCAUAUCCUUUGGGAAAGUGCUACAUCAUGUCUAUGGACAUGCCAGCAAAGAUUCUGAAGGCAUCAAUGGAAAUUAAGCCUAUUAUAAAAGAUGAUGUGUAUAUUGGUUUAUGCCUGGAACGCCUCCGUAUUGCUCCAGUGAACCCUCCAAACCCUUCGCAGUUUGUGUUCACCCCACCUCGACUGUACGACCGGUGCUACUAUUCUGAGCUCAUUGCAGUGAUUAUAUACACUCCUGCUCAGCUGGUUAACUUAUGGACAGACAUUCACAAACCAGGCGCGGCCUGUUCACCCUUUAAUUAGGAGGUAUAAGGUAUAAAGCUUAAUAUGGUAGCAAAACUUGAGAAACAAGCUUAACUGGCUAACAGGCAAAAUCAAGACCUACUUUGCCGAUGUAAAUACUUAUUUACUUUUGUAUCUUUUUCACUGUGGAUGGUGUGUGCUUGAAGAUUAUUUUAUCUUUAACAUAUUAAUGCAUGAAAUAAACAAUUAUAUUGAUCAGUCUUUACCAACUUACCCAUUCUUACUGACUGGCAGUCAUCAGUCUCUGAUCAUCCAUUGGAUACAGCAAAACAACAGCAAUGUGUUUUGUACCAGCAAAUAAAAACUACAUAUCAGUGAUUAGAUGUUUUGUUUACCGACUACAACCCCAUCAAUUUAACUUUUUCUGGCCAAACUCACUCCAUGGACACAAACAUGCCUUGAGAAACUAAUAAGAUAGAGACUCCACAACUCCACAUGGCCAAGCUCAAUGCAUUGGUGCAACUGCCUUAAAAAAACCUAAAUUCACUGAAACAGUCAACAAGCUGGCUGCCUUUGGCCUAACUGCCUCGAGUAACACGACUGUCCCUGGCCAAACUGAUUUCAGUAACACGACUGUCUCUGGCCAAACUGCCUCGAUCUACAGAACCGUCUCUGGCCAAGCUGCCUCGAUCAACAUGAUUGUCUCUGGCCAAACUGCCUCGAUCAACACGACUGUCUCUGGCCAAACUGCCUCGAACAACACGACUGUCUCUGGCCAAACUGCCUCGAGCAACACGAAUGUCUCUGGCCAAACUGCCUCGAUCAACAUGACUGUCUCUGGCCAAACUGCCUCGAACGACACGACUGUCUCUGGCCAAACUGCCUCGAACAACACGACUGUCUCUGGCCAAACUGCCUCGAGCAACACGACUGUCUCUGGCCAAACUGCCUCGAUCAACAAGACUGUCCCUGCACAACCGACACUGGCUUGCUAAUUAGACAUAGAGAUGGCUAAUCAGAUGGUUGGGGGUUCGAUUCCCAGCAGUGACGAGCAAGGCCCUUGACUCCAUCUGCUCCGGGGGCAUCGUAUCGUGGCUGACCCUGCACUCUGACCCCAACUUCAUAUCAAGCUGAAAUAUGUAAAGAACUGAUUUGCACAUUUUGAAUUGAAUGUUUUAACGUAUAUGUGACAAAUAAAGGCUUCUUUUUCUUCA